CGUGGGGGUGACGCGGUGUCCCCGCAGCGUGGACGGCGAAGCCCCGGGCAGCGAGGGGGGGGGCCCGGUGCCCGACAGCCCCGGGAGACCCCCCCCGUACCGGGGCCUCCCCCAGCCCGCGCCCCAAGGCCCGGGGGGCGCGGGGGGCGGCCCCGGGGGGGGCUCCCCGGGCGUGGGCUGGCCCCGGCUGCCCCCCCAGCCCGCCAGCGUGGCCCUGCGCAAGCAGGAGGAGGAGGAGGAGAGCAAGAGGCCGAAGGCUCUGAGCGACAGCUACGAGCUCUCCACCGACCUGCAGGACAAGAAGGUGGAGAUGCUGGAGCGCAAGUACGGCGGCUAUUUCCGCUCGCGGCGCGCGGCGCGCACCAUCCAGGCGGCGUUCCGGCGCUACCGCAUGGCGCAGAAGUUCGAGCGGCUGCGCAGCGAGGGCGGCCGGGCGCGACGCCUGGCGCUGCCGGGGCUGCGCCUCCAGUUCUCCUUCGAGGAGUACGACCGCGGACCCCCGGCCCCCGCCCCCGGGCCGCCCGUGGAGAUGCUGGAGCGCAAGUACGGCGGCUAUUUCCGCUCGCGGCGCGCGGCGCGCACCAUCCAGGCGGCGUUCCGGCGCUACCGCAUGGCGCAGAAGUUCGAGCGGCUGCGCAGCGAGGGCGGCCGGGCGCGACGCCUGGCGCUGCCGGGGCUGCGCCUCCAGUUCUCCUUCGAGGACCCGCCGCCCACCGCCCCCCCGCAGCCCCCCGGCGCCGCCGGAGCCCCCGGUAAGGCCACGUACCAGCGGGAGCCGCGGCAGAGCUGGGACUCGCCGGCGCUCAACAACGACGUGGUGCAGCGGCGCCAGUAUCGCAUUGGCCUCAACCUCUUCAACAAGAAGCCGGAGAAGGGGAUCCAGUACCUGAUCGAGAGGGGGUUCCUGUCCGACACCCCCGUGGGCGUCGCCCACUUCAUCCUGGAGCGGAAGGGGCUGAGCCGGCAGAUGAUCGGCGAGUUCCUGGGCAACCGCCAGAAGCAGUUCAAUCGCGACGUCCUCGACUGCGUGGUGGACGAGAUGGAUUUCUCCGGGAUGGAGCUGGACGAGGCUCUGCGGAAGUUCCAGUCCCACAUCCGGGUGCAGGGGGAGGCGCAGAAGGUUGAGCGCUUGAUCGAGGCCUCCAGCCAGCGCUACUGCGUGUGUAACGCGGCCCUGCUGCGCCAGUUCCGCAACCCGGACACCAUCUUCAUCCUGGCCUUCGCCAUCAUCCUCCUCAACACCGACAUGUACAGCCCCAGCGUCAAGGCCGAGCGCAAGAUGAAGCUCGAGGACUUCAUCAAGAACCUGCGAGGGGUGGACAAUGGCGAGGACAUCCCCCGGGACAUGCUGGUGGGCAUCUACCAGCGCAUCCAGAGCCGCGAGCUGCGCACCAACGACGACCACGUGUCCCAGGUCCAGGCUGUCGAGCGCAUGAUCGUCGGCAAGAAACCGUGCGUCUCCUCAAUCCUGGUGACCUACAGCUUCCGGCAGAGCUUCCCGCUGGUGGAGAUGCACAUGCAGCUCUUCCAGAACGCCUAUUACCAGUUUGGGAUCAAGCUGCUGUCGGCGGCGCCGGGGGGCGAGCGCAAGGUGCUGAUCGUGUUCAACGCCCCGAGCCCCCAGGACCGGCUGCGCUUCGCCAGCGACCUGCGCGAGUCCGUGGCCGAGGUGCAGGAGAUGGAGAAGUACCGGGUGGAGGGUGAGCACUGGGAGCACUGGGAGCACUGGGAGGGAGACUGGGGGGGUUUGGGAUCAAGCUGGGAUUACCAGUUUGGGAUCAAGCUGCUGUCGGCGGCGCCGGGGGGCGAGCGCAAGGUGCUGAUCGUGUUCAACGCCCCGAGCCCCCAGGACCGGCUGCGCUUCGCCAGCGACCUGCGCGAGUCCGUGGCCGAGGUGCAGGAGAUGGAGAAAGCUUUGGGGAAUUCGGGGUGCCCUGGGGGGGUGUCCUGGGGGGAUUUGGGAUGUCCUGAGGGAUUUGGGGUGUCCUGGGAGGGUCCCUGGGGGGAUUUGGGAUGUCCUGAGGGAUUUGGGGUGUCCUGGGGGGGUCCCUGGGGGUCUCCCCUCACUGCUCCCCCCCCCCCAGGCAAGCGGGGCCGGCGGAACAGCGUGGGGUCCCUGGACAGCACCAUCGAGGGCUCCAUCAUCAGCAGCCCCCGGCCGCAGGCGCGGGGGGGCCCGGGGGGCGCCCCCGACGGCGCCUACAAACCCCCGGCGCGGCCGGUCUCCAACUCCUCGUCCUUCCUGGGCUCCCUGUUCGGCAGCCGCCGCGGGAAAGGCCCCCCCGGGCCCCCCCCCGGCGCGGGGGGUCCCACCUCGGCCUCGGCCUCCUCAUCCUCGGCGUCUUCAUCGCACCACCACCACCACCCGCCGCCCGCCGCGCCCCCCGAGGCUCCCUCCAAGCUGCAGGCGCUGCACGCCCAGUACUGCCACGGGCCCGGGGGGGGCUCGGCG